AUGAUUUGUAGAGAAAUUUAUACACUUUUCUUUUUACAUAUUCUUUUGAUUUCAUUUAUCAUAUCUUCUAUAGCUAAUCAUUCUGUACCAUUUUAUCCUAAAGAUUCUCGAGUUGUUAUAUACAAUUCAGAAUAUCUUUUCAUACCAAAUAUUAUAAAACCAAAAACAGAUUUCAAAAAAGAAAGAAUUACAUUAGUUCUCCAUUGUAGUCAUGAUUAUUUUUCCACAAAUUUCUCCAAACAACUUGAAAAUUGGGAUGGACCAAUUUCAUUAGGAAUUUUUCUUCAUACAAAUAAAAUUCAUUCUUUUGAAACUUUGUGUACUUAUUGUAAUUUGAAAAAAAUUCCUAAUAUUGAAGAUAAAUCUCAAAUUCAUUUUAUUUAUCGUGCCACAUCUUUUUUAGAUGGAAAUAUGGAUACAAAUAUUAAUGAUUAUUUUUCUCUUAUCAAUUGUAAUGAUACAAAAUUUUUGGAAUCUAUAUGUCAUUCUAAAAAACAAACAGAAAAUCAAAAAAUUAAAAAUAUGAUUAAUUAUCCUGUAAAUGUUGUAAGAAAUAUAGCUAGAAAAAUGACUUUUACAAAGUAUAUUCUUUUGGCUGAUUUUGAUCAUAUGUUUUCUAAAAAUUUUGAAGCUAAAAUGGUAAAAGUGGCAAAUAAAGAGUUAAAAAAAGAUGAAAAUAGUGUUUUAGUAUAUAGGAUAUUUGAAGUUGAUGAAAAUGUAACAAAUUUACCAGAAAAUAAAACAAGUUUAUUUUCAUUAAUGAGUAAAAAAAAAGCAAAUAUUUUUCAUUCAUAUUAUCCGAUGGGCCAUGCAAUACCUGGUUUAUAUGAAUGGAUAAAUACUAAAGAUUCAGACAAUCCAACAAUUCAAUUUGAGGCAAAAUAUUCUAGAGCUGCAUGGGAACCUCAAUUUGUUUCAACAAAAAGUAUACCAUUUCAUGAUGAAAAUUUUUUAUAUCCAUUAAGAGAUAAUACUAAUUUGAGAUGGACAAUGUGUAGAAAAGGAUAUCGUUUUUUGGUUGUUAAUGAUGUCUUCAUGUAUCAUAUAGGAAUCAAACAAGAAAAUGCUAAAUUGUUAACUGCUAAAGCUAGACAAUGGAUAUAUAAACGUAUGAAAACUGUUGUAAAUGAAUAUAAUAAAAGACUAGAUGAAUUAUAUCCUGAAACAAAAAAAAAAUGUCCCCCAUUUACAAUAUAA